UACGACCAGCAGAUCGACAUGUGGUCGGUCGGCGUCAUGCUCUACAUUAUGCUGUCUGGCCGACACCCCUUCGAAACCUUUCCGGGCGAGCCCGAACGCGAGGGGACGAUUCGUGGACAUGUCCCCGACACGCAGGUGAUGGGCCGCAUCUUGCGCGCUGAGUACUCCUUCGACCCAGCGCAGUGGACGCGCAUCUCCGGGCGCGCAAAGCAGCUCGUCCGGCAGCUCCUCGAGCCAGACCCGGCCAAGCGGCUCACCGCGGCGCAGCUGCUCGCCCACUCGUGGGUG